GAAUGACGGCUGCUGAGGACAACAAACUUGCUGUGGACCCGACACCUGAUGCACCAGAAACGUCACACCAGGGGUCACCACCAUCACCACUGACUCCAAACACUGCAAUACCGCUGCCGUAUUAUACCGAGUCAGUUAACACUGUAACUGUACCUAAAGCCCAGCAUAAUAACAGUCCAGACCCCAACAAUGAACCCCUGUCCAAGUCGCUGUACUUACCCCCCAGUGUGGAGCUGUUACCCUCCUACUACCCCCCGGGCCACCAGAGCAGCCCUCAGGCUCAGGGAGAGGGGAAGGACGCCUGCAGCAAGGAUGUAAAGGAUUCCAGUGCCACCCCGGGAGUGUGUGGUCUGCGUAACCUAGGCAACACCUGCUUCAUGAACUCGGGAUUGCAGUGUGUGCUCAGCAACCCCUACCUGGUCAAGUUCUUUGUGGAGAAUUAUGUCCAGGGAAAGAGUCUGACAGAGGACAAUACGCUGACAGGCAAGUUCUGUCAUCUCCUCCACAAAGUCUGGUGUGGACAGUUCUCAGGGAUAUACCCUCUGGACUUCAAGGAGAUCCUGGGCAUGUAUCAUCCUCAGUUCAGGGACUUCAGGCAGCAUGACUGCCAGGAAUUCCUGGCCCUUCUUCUCGACACACUGCAUGAACAGCUGAAUGUGGCGUCCCCACAGAACAAUACAACACGGGCUGCCAAGCUGUCCACAGAAGAGGGGGUGACAACUUCUAAUGCAGGGGCUGGAGUUGCCGUCAAUCAACAAAUCAAAUGCUCAAACGUAGACCCUGUUUCCAUGGAGACCAAUAUUGUCCAUGACACCAUGGAAACAGAGCCUGCUACCAUGGAUACCAUGGAAACAAAUACUGACCAAUCAUCAGAUGCAAUCAGAGAUGACCAAUCAGAUGUGACUGAUGCUGGCACCAAUCAGUCCGACUUGAUGACAGACAAUCAGUCGGACAUCACAGAGAUUGGGACGGAGGGUGACCAGCUGGACGCCAUGGUGGAGGAUACUGACCGCCUGGUGGCUGCCCACAGUCAGUCUCAGUCCCCAGUGGAUAGUCUUAGUCACCUUCAUUCCGAGGACAGCAAUCACUCAUCUGCCUCCCUGCAGAGCUCGGACUCUCACAAGCUCUUAGAGAACUCCUCGUACAGGAUGCAGGCAGUGCCGGAGGAUAUUAAAAAGAGGGCGCUGACGGAGAGUCCGUCUCUGGAUCCGAAAUCUGUGACCAUGAUUACGGAUCCAUCUUUGUCUAACAAUAAACUGGAGAAAAACGUGAUCUCAAACAACAAAGCUCAUUCAAUCCGUCUCGUUGGUCUGGAAGAGAUGUACAUGAAGGACACGAAGACGAAAAACGUCAACGUGCUGGCUAAGGAGUUCAUGGUAGAGGAGGUGCAGACAGACAGCGAGAAGUUUGCCAAGCACGACAACCGACAGCACGAGCAGGAAAUGGCCCAGAAUACCCUGGACGAAGAGAUGAUGGAGGUAGAAAAACACACGCCGAAGAGGAUAAAAAUGACCAAUAUAUUUCGUGAUCUUGACGGAGAUGGUUACGCUCAGCAUAAUAAAGCAAACAACGAAGGUGAUGAUAACAGUAUUAAUAACAUUAAAAGGAUAAAAAUUGAGGAAGAGAGACACAAAGGGCACAAGACUAGACAAUUAAAACGCAAAGUCAUUACAGCCAAGAAUCCAACAAGAGACCUUGACCUUGAAAUGGACCAAUCAGAUCAGGGCUCUCCAAUGGCUUCAGAAGAAGGAGCAUGGGGCGUCUCCCCCGAGGAGGCUAGCAAUUCUGACCAUGUGAUAGGGACAGAUUUGAAAAACACAGUGGCUUCUAAAAAUGAGUCACUAGAGCAUCAUCGCUAUGUUGAAGCGGCGGAAAAAUCGUGGAAGGAGUAUCUGAGUCAGAACAAGAGCGUGAUUGUGGACACAUUUCAGGGCCAAUUCAAGAGCACUGUGAUUUGUGAGGAGUGUCAGCAUAUAUCUGUGACCUUUGAACCCUUCAUGUACCUGUCUGUGCCCCUCCCCAGGGCAAUGGAGAGGCAGAUAAUUGUGACGUAUGUGGCCAGCGAGAGCAAACACCCAGUACGCUAUUGUUUGACGCUGUUCAAAGGCGACUGUAUUAGGAAGCUGAAGGAGGGGCUGAGGACUAUGAUUGGCUUAGAUGAGUCAUGUGAUCUCAUAAUUGCUGAGGUGCUGGAAAAUCAUGUCGCAAGAAUUGUGGAUGAGAACACAAUGCUGCGCUAUUUAAAUGACCACAACAGGAAGGUGUACGCCUUCGAGAUGCCACCAGCCCCACAGUUUGAUGACAUAAGCACAGAAAACAAUGACAUCAGCACAGAAACUGGUGAUGUCACCCCGGUCAUGAACAACACAGCCCCACUGAGAGCUGGUGUCUCUAUGGCUGGUUGCAGCAGUGGCGGAGGCGAUGUGUUUGCUAACAUGGGUUACUGGGGACUACAGGCGCCCCAUAAUAAAGCCAGUGCUGCCCAGGGCAGGGCUCCGAGUGAGGACUCGUCCGAUGUUCGAUGGGAUGAUCCUAUUCCGUCCACCUCUACGGCAUACAGGGAAAGUGAUGUAAGGGACAACAGUGCAGUGAAUAAGGGUACGGACUCAGAUUUGUGGCCAACCACAGAGGAGUCGAAGCCACUAAAUUGGGACCCUGAUGACAUAGAGAAUCAGAAUUAUUUCUCACCCUCAGGAACAGUGAGUGGGGGAGGGGUGUGGCAGGGUAGCCAGGGAGACUUGGACGGAGACAGUAAAGACAUGGAAGGAGGGCCAUCAUUGGACUCUGGGUUCGGACUGCAGAGGAAUCCACUAGAUGUCACCAGUGAUGCCAUCUGGGGAGCAUUUCCGUCUUCUGCCACGGGAGCGGGGGAUGACAGCAAUGCCACUUGGGGUAGUGAUGACAACAACUCGCGCAGCGGCGACUUCUCGUCUGGUCCUGACGUUUGGAAAGGUUCUGCCAGCCCCGAAGACUGUAGAAAUUGCGGCGAUUCCGUUGAUAACGACAGCUUGGCACCCAAGACGAGCUGUAUUAAUCUGUCCACGCAGCAGUGGAAGACUUGUGCAAUCUGCCUGGAGGAAAUGGUAGACUCAGAAUUACUGGUUCACCUCAGCUGUGGGGGAACUCUGUGUCAACCUUGUCUAGAGAUGUCAUUCAAACAUUAUGGGGAAGCAGCUCUGAAUUGUCCAGUGUGUUCCUGUGCUGUGAAACCUGCGGAAGAUUUUGUUGUGCUGAGCAGUGUAGGAGACGGAGGACCUAACGUUAGGAUCCUCUCUAUGCCUGUGUUGUACAGAUACGACCAGGUUGACCCCAGUGACGGGGAGGUCAAAAUGACCCUAUUUGGUCACCCUAACAUCCUGUAUGUCCCCAGUGACCUCACCGCUGACCGUCUCUAUGAUUUGGUGGACAGGACAGCUCCCUUCAUUGGGACCUAUUCUUUGUUGCUUACAGAUGGACAGGGCUACCGUUGUGCACGCUGCAUGUUUACUGACCACUGUCGUGGUUGUGAGAUCCCCCGUGAGGGGGAGGUCCACUUCGCUCCCAGUGACCACCUGGCCGUGAGGUACACCGAGAUCUCCCAGGACCAACUGGACACUGCCCUGCACUGCCUUGACCACAAAUCCAUGGAGCUGCUACGACCUAACAGGCCUUUAACACUGUUUGAAUGCUUUGAGGCUUUUACUGAGAGUGAAGUCCUUGAUGAACACAAUCCCUGGUUUUGUCCCUGCUGCAAAAGAAAUCAGUGUGCCAGAAAAUCCAUGACAGUGUGGAGUCUCCCGGAUACUUUGGUGGUCUAUCUAAAAAGGUUUGUGUUCCACGAACGAACCAGCACAAAGAUAGACACCAAGGUCUCCUUUCCAGUGGAGGACCUUGACCUGUCCACUUUUAUCUCAGGACCACAGACACAUGAUCUGACCUUUGAUCUCCACGCCUGUGUUUGCCAUUUUGGAGGUGUGACAGCAGGGCACUACACAGCCUACAGCAAGCACCCUCAGCUGAACAGGUGGUCUUACUACAAUGAUGAACUGGUCACAGAGCAGAGGCCCACUGAGGAUGACUACAGCAAUGCUUACAUCCUGUUCUACCAGAGGAAAGGCACUCUCGUCAACUUCCGUAAGCCAGUGCCUCCCCCUCUGACACUGGUAACGAGCAAGGUCGGCCCAGAUCUUCAGAUGGUGCCGUAUCAGCCAAUCACCCAGGAGACCAUCAGCCGAAUACUGGAUGACUUGGCAAGAGAUGGACAGAAACGAGAUGACGCCAGACCCAAGGACGUCGGGACCAGCACAGAUGAUCUGGGCAGCGAGCGAGGCAGUAAAGACGCAGUGGUCGGAGAUGAUAGGCCAGGAAGAGGUAUUGCUGCAGGAAGCGAUUCAAGGACCAAGACUGGUGGUGGCACCUAUGGGGAAGGUGAUGCUGAGCCAGUAGGGGGCGGUGCUGUAGAAGGCUUAGAGUGAAUGAGAAAGACGAAUGACUCAAAUUGUAAUGGGUAAAAAGGUUGACAGUGGAGAAGGAAAAAUUCUCACAGACUGAAAAAAUGAAGAAAAAAUGGCUGGGUUUUUGGAUUUAUCUCAAUCAAAAAUUGUGACUUGGGUAAAAAUGAAAAAUGUGGAAACUCUGUCAGAAUUCUGGAUAUACAGCUCGGGUGCUAUGAUGUAAGAUAUGGCUCAUUAUUGAGAUUACAGUUGGUUCAGGUGCUUUGAAGUGACAGAAAAGUGAUGUGUACUCAUUGGUAGAAUACACAGAUGUUUACUGAAGAAGAGACCCACACAUUCAGUAAUACUGGGACCUGUUUCACAAAUCGUUUAAAAGUCAAUUUUGGGGGCUAAAAUCAUUUUCUUACUACUAACACUGGGUUGUCUUUGUUGCGUUUCCAAAAAAAUUUAGUAAUCUCAUUAUAAUUCAGUCUUUCAGCUGAGCCCUUGCAGCAAAUUAGGAUCGUCUCAACAAAAGCUGACAAAAGAUCAUUAGCUAUAUAUUAAUGUUCCAUCAUGAACCUUACAUAGUCGGCUAUCAUGGUUGAGCAGUCUAAGCUUGAGCCAAGAACUUCAGACUUGUGAAACAGGCUCCCCCUGGUGGCAUACUGGUAUGAUAAUAAUGACAUCUCUGUUUUAAGCUCAUUAUGACAGCAGGCAUCCCAUUUUGACUGUUUCUUUCUUUCUGUGUUUGAAAAGGGUAUGCCCAGGAUGUGACCCAAACACACGUGCACGCACACAUGCACGCACACAAACAAACACAAACAAACACAUACACACACAGGCAUGUCUUGUGGUUAAGUAUGCCCAGUGAUAUGGGAAUGUUUAAAAUUCUGAAGCAACACAGAGUGUAGUAUGUGAGAAUAUAUGUAUGUAUGUAUGUAAAUUCUUGAAUUGAUGCACUUAUUUUCAAGUUUCACAUUGUAGUGCUGAGAGCAAUUGUACAGUAUAACUUUCCAGUAUUACAUGGGUUCUGAAUAUUGUGAUGGAUUUUGGCAGUAAAUUCUAGAAGAAGAUAGAUUUGUCACAGGGACUUUCCCUGACUAAAAGUCUCA